AUGACUCAGGAGCAGUACAUUCUGGCAGCACAACCAAACUCUCUGCACCAGCGGGGGUCGUCGGUGUGCGCAGCCCAGGUGUACCCCGCCGUGGGAAUCUACGGCUGGAGGAAAAGAUGCUUGUACUUCUUCAUUCUCCUCCUUGUCGUCACCAUGAUUGUCAACCUGGCGUUGACCAUCUGGAUCCUCAAAGUCAUGAAUUUCACUCCGGAAGGAAUGGGCAAUCUACGAGUGACAAAAGAAGGAGUGAGAUUGGAGGGGGUGUCUGAAUUCCUAUUGCCACUAUACGUCAAAGAAAUUCAGUCUCGAAGGGACAGUCCAUUGAUCAUGCAGUCCGAUAGAAAUGUGACUAUCAAUGCUAGGACUGAUGACGGACAAUUGACUGGUCAACUCACUGUGGGCUCGGAAAUGGUGGAGGUCCAGUGUCAGAGGUUUGAGGUGAAGAGCACUGAUGGUGAGAGGGUUCUUUUCUCUGCGGAUGAAGAGGAGAUCAGCAUCGGCACAGAGAAACUUAGAGUGACAGGAUCAGAAGGAGUUGUGUUUAGUCAUUCAGUGCAGACGUCACAUGUGAGGGCAGAGCCAUUCCAGGACUUGAAGCUUGAAUCCCCGACCCGGACCCUAACUCUGGAAGCUCCCCGAGGUGUGGAGGUCAGUGCUGGGGUUGGAGACUUCACAGCAUCAUGUCGGAAAGACCUCCUACUGCAGUCCUCAGAAGGAGAGAUCUUUCUGGAUGCAAACACCAUCAGGCUGGGCAACAUUCCCCUUGGCAGUGCAGUGGACCCACUGGAAGGUGCGGCAGCAGGUACCACCUACACCAAACAGACGGGUGUGUACGAACUCUGUGCCUGCGCUAACGGCAAGCUCUACUUAUCGCCUGCUGAGAAAGGCUCAACCUGCCAAACAACAAGUAACUUUUGCCUCUGGAGCUGA